CAUCUACAGGACAGGUGCAGACGUCACUCACGGUGGGGGUUCUGUCAGCAAGCCAAAGAAAGCGUUUAGAUGGGCUACAUCGGAAAGCUGCAUCUUUAGCCUUUAUCUAAUCAGAAUGACAGUUAAUUUGCUAAAACAAGGCUGACAGCAAACACAGUAAUAGCAGCUAGAGAGAGUUUGUACUCUGUUAGCAGUGUUUUGCUGUAGUGAAGAUGGCGCAGGCACUGUCAGAAGAGGAGUUCCACCGUAUGCAGGCUCAGCUUUUGGAGCUGAGAACACAGAACUACCAACUAUCUGAUGAUCUGCGGAAAAAUACAGCAGAGCUCAACAGUGUCCGUCAGAAGACCUCGAACCUGGAGAAAGACUAUGUCAAAGCACAGAAGGCUUUAAAUAAGAGCAAGAAAGCACAGGAGGUAGAUGCCUUACUCAAUGAGAAUCAAAUGCUUCAGGGCAAGUUACACAGUCAGGAAGAUGACUUCAGACUGCAGAACAGCACACUCAUGCAAGAGCUGUCCAAGUUAUGUUCUCAGAUCGAGCAGUUAGAAUUAGAGAAUCGGAGACUGAGGGAGGGUCAAGGGCUGGAAGGACCCGCCUCUAGCCCCGCCUCCGGUCCGGUGGAUGCUGAGCUCCUGCGUCUACAGGCUGAAAACUCCGCCCUGCAGAAGAAAUUAAAAGCACUUCAAGAGCAUGCAGAUGUUAAUGAUGGAAAAGCAGCACUCACAGAUGGAUCGGCUGGGACUAAUGGGGUCCAAUCAGAUGCUAGCGGUCACAGUGACGACCCUUCAGCCCCAGGAAAUGAUCAGAUUGAUCAGGCCGAAGUGCAAAGCAUCAAACUAGAACUGCGAGAUAAUGAGCUGAGCGAAGUGGCAUUAAAGCUUCAAACGGAAAUGGAGGAGAAAUGCUUACUGAGGGAACAACUCCAGACACUAGAGAUGUCCAAGCAGGCAGAAAUCACAAAACUACAAGAAGAAAAUGCUAAAUUCUCCGAUAAGUUGAAGAAAAAACAAGAAAGCUUCCAGCGGCUACAAGUUGAGAAAGAAGCACUUUACAAUGACAGCAGGACUAAAAUUGAUGAGAUCCAACAGAGGAAGGAGGAGGAGCUCAAAUCCAUAAAUCUUCGUGUGCAGAAAUUGCAGACAGAUUUAAUGUCUGCCAACCAGAACGUCUCUGAACUGAAGGAGCAGCUGCAGAGUAAACAGAAAGAGCAUGAGAUGGCCAUCCUAGCGCUCAAAGAUCAGCUGCAGGUAGCGUGUCAGAGCGCGUUCAGUCAGGAGCAGGUGGAGGGCAUGCUGAGUGAAAACGAUGCUCUCAGGACAAACCUAGCAGCCCUAGAACAGAUCCAAACAGUGAAGACUCAGGAACUGAAUUUGCUGAGAGAGCAAAAUCUGACGCUAAACGCAGAGCUUCAGCAGAAACGUACUGAACAGGAGAGCUUUCUGGCUCAGAGAGAUGAUCUCAACUCACAGCUACAGGAGUCAAACCGAGCGAAUGGUCGACUACUGGAGCAGCUCACUGAGCUGGGUCUGGAGAAGGACAAGCUACAGCAGGAGUUAGAGGAGGCCAGAAAGACUGCAGAUAAGCGUAAGGUCAUGCUGGAUGAACUGGCCAUUGAGACGGCACAGGAAAAGUCUCGGCACAAAGAGGAACUCGGGGAUGUGCGAUUGCAGCAUGAGAAGGAAGUGCUGAGCAUCAGGGCCCGCUAUGAAAAGGAGCUCCGCGGCCUCCAUGAGGAGAAGAACCGCACGGAAGAGGAGAUCCGCUCACAGCUACGAGAUGAGAGAGCUCGUACCAAAGAGCUGGAGGGUCUCCAGCCGUAUGUGGAGGAGUUGAAAGCUCAGGUUCAGUCUAUGGAGGGGACAAAGGGCUGGUUUGAGCGCAGGCUCAAGGAAGCAGAGGAGACCAUGGAAAAGAACAAACUGGAGCACACAGAAGAGAUCCGGCGGGUACAGAAAGAUCACACACUUCAGCUGGAGGCUAAAGCUGCAGAGGUGGAGGCAGUCAAACAGCAAGUGGUGGAGAUGCAGAAGGAGAGAGAAGAGCUCAACAACACAAUCAGCAAACUCAGACAGGAGAUUAAAGAUACAGUGGAUGGACAGAAAAUCUUGGAGAAAAAAGGUAGUUCAGCGCUGAAAGAUUUGAAGAGGCAGCUCCAUCUGGAGAGAAAAAGAGCCGAUAAACUCCAGGAGCGGCUGCAGGAAAUCCUAACCAACACUAAGACCCGCUCAGAUUCUCUGUCUGUGAGUGCAGGUCUUGAGGAGCUGGUGUUGUCUGAUAUCAGUUCGCCGAGCCGUACGCAGCAGACGGGUGACAGCAGUAGCAUCUCCUCCUUCAGCUACAGAGAGAUCAUGAAAGAAGGGGCUUCGGCUCCCAGCACCAAUAAGUCCAACACCAGCAGCCCUCAGUCCCAGCGUCCUGCUGACCUCUCGGACGACGAGGUCAGUGAGCUCUUCCAGAGGCUCGCCGAGGUUCAGCAGGAGAAGUGGAUGUUGGAGGAGAAGGUGAAACACUUGGAGGUCAGCUGCUCCUCAAUGGCCGAUGACAUCUGUAAAAAGAGUGCUAUUAUUGAGACGUACGUCAUGGACAGCCGAAGAGAUGUAUCCGGAGGAGGUCUGGUGGUCCAUGGUGCUCAGGGUGAACGUGGAGGUUUGAGUUCUGUGCUGAGGGACUUGGUAAAACCUGGAGACGAGAACCUGCGGGAGAUGAACAAAAAGCUGCAGAACAUGCUGGAAGAGCAACUGACAAAGAACAUGCACCUACAGAAGGAUCUGGAAGUUUUGUCUCAGGAGAUCGUGCGUAUGAGUAAAGACGCCACUCCUGCAGUAAACUCCAAAGCCACAGGAUAAAACUGGACACAGUCCACCUGAUGAUUCAGUACCCUUCUCUUUCUCUUUCCCUCAUCUCUUCACGGCUACCAGGAGGAAACUACAUUCAUCUUGUAUAAAGACCUCCAGGAAUCUCAGAUGUACCAGGAGCACAGAAGGUCAAAAAAAGAUCAACUCCAUCUGUGAUUUGCAUACUACUGAAUGUAACGUAACACUUUAUAUGUUUGUGUGUCUGUGAUGGGAAAGUACAGUUAGAAAAGGGUCCGUUGAGCAAACCCUGGCUGCUUGACAUCAGUGAACUGAGUGCACAAGACGAUGGCUUGUCCUCGGUGGUCCAAACAGGACCGUUCUACCUACCACUAAUUCCCCUGUUCAGGAAAGCGUAUGUCUAAUGUUGGCGUCCUAAAACUGCUAUCACUGGUUUAUUGCCUGUUUUGUAUAUAUUUGAUUUGCUAAAGACACUUAAUGUGUGUGUGAAUGUGUGUCUGUGAGGCGUAGAAUGGGGUGUAUUUAUUCAUGCCAGAAAAUCCAAAAACCAUGUCUAUAUCUUUACAGUAUGCUGCUCGUAUCUGAAAGAAAAUGGCAAAAAUCUCAAGUUCUGCAGUUCAUUAUAUCAAAUAAUUCAGGAAGUUUUCCAGCGAGAGAGGGAAGAGCAUGCAUUUAAUUGCUGUGAUAAUUAUCGGAGCAGUUUUGUGGGGCUCUCGAAAUGCUCCCGUGAAGGAAAGCGGCUCCCUGGACUCCCCUCGUUAAGCAGCAAUCUCUCCGCAGCUUAACGACUCAGUUUGACACCUCUCUGUCUGUCUCAGAACUGAUGGCGCUGUUGGGGAACGAACCAAUUUCUCACAGCACGCACUUAACUCCCAUGAGAAGCUAGCGGCCUGUUUUAGUGUCUAACACCAGUUUGUUUUGUGCACGUUGAUGCCCUGACAUUUUCUGUGAAUGUUGCAAACACGAUUCCGCUUUUAUGCAUUCAGCUUUUGUGAACAUUUUAAACGGUUAAUUUAAUCGUUAGAUAAUGUGACUGAUAUUUUGCUGUUGGUCCUUGGACUCUGUUUUUUCUGUGCAAUAGCUUGCACUGAGGCCAAGCACCAUCCAUUGUGUCUUGAUUUUUCCAGUCAUUUACCACCAAACUACAGCUCUUAUUCAGACAAGACAAGAUAUUUCAUUUAACGCAAAUGAAAAGUCAUCGAGUUGGCGAAAUACCGGCAUAAUUUUCAUUCAUGUCAAAUUAAAUAUGGCAUAUGCUUCAUUGAUCAUUUUAGAUGCAAUGAAUAUUGACCAAUUAUUUGUUUAGAUCCUUCUGAUUGCACAGCAGGGCAUAGUAGAUUGAACAAUUUAGUCACUUAGUCACAUGAGAUAAUGAUUUAUUUAUCAACGGUUCUGUAAUAAGUUAGAGAAACGUAUGUAUAUUCACUUUGGCAAAAUUGUUUUAUGAUUCUGAGUUGUGAACGAUUAGCAUUCUGUUUAAAAUCUUUAAGCUUUAUUACGACAAUGGUUUGUUCCCAUGUUCUUGGGAUAUGAGCGUGACGUUUGUGUAUGGUUUUGCCUGUCAAAUACCUGUUUCUGGCAAAAGCUUUUCCAUAAUCCUUUCAUUUGUACUAUACAGAAGUAGUAUAACGAUAUUCUUUAAUUUUCCCCAUUGAGGAAACUGACAUAUUAAGAUUCACUUGGACGAUUGCACCCAAAAGGUUUUUUUUUUUUUGCCUUUUACUCUUAUAAUAUCUGCCAAGCAAGCUCUUAUUUAAAUAAGAUCAUGUUUUAAUCAUCACUAAUUACAUGUAAGCAGAUUCUGUUAUUAACAUCCAAUCUCCCACCACAUCUCUGUGGCUUAUAUUUAUUUAUGUGCAGUUCAUUGUCAUUUUCAGACUCCCAUAACUUGCAGUGAUAAUAAAGAAUGGCUUGAAAAACAA